AUGGCGCUGAGCAAUACGGUUCCGCGGAAACAGUGGUGGAAGAUACAAUGGUUCUCCGACGAUGAUACACCCGAAGAACGCAAGCUUAUCAUGAAGCUUGACAUGAUCGUCGUCCCGUACGCUGUGCUGAGUUACUGGGUCAAGUAUAUUGAUCAAGCCAAUUUGAACAAUGCCUAUGUCGGAGGCAUGAAGGAAGAGCUCGGCUUCGAAGGAAACGAGUUGGUCGAGUUACAGACGAUGUACACAGUUGGAGCAGUCGUCGGGAUGUUUCCGUUCAUGUUCUUGUUCACCUACGUCCCCAUGUACUGGACCAUUCCCGCCAUGGACAUUCUCUGGGGUGUCUUCACACUUCUGCAAUAUCGCGGACAGACCUUCGGAGAGAUGGCAGCAUAUCGCUUCAUGGUCGGCUUCUUUGAGGCUGCUUUCUUCCCCGCUAUGCACUACGUGUUCGGCUCCUGGUACCGCGGCCAUGAACUCGCACGAAGAGGAGGAAUCUUCUACACCGGCCUCAAUCUCGGAACACUCACGGCAGGCCUCAUCGCCGCUGGAGCUUCCCGUCGCUUGGAAGGCGUCCAUGGCAUGUCUGGUUGGCGAUGGAUGUACAUCAUCUGCGCCAUCAUUACCAUCCCCGUCGGAAUCCUCGGAUACUUCCUGCUUCCUGGCACCGUCGAUCAGCCGAAUCGCUGGGUUCUCAACGACCACGACAUCAAGCUUUCCAAAGCACGUCUCGAAAGGGGUGGCCACGUCACCCGUGGAAAGUUCAAGUUCGGCCACCUAAAGAAGAUCUUCCUGAGUCCUCAGUUCUGGACCGUGGUACUCGUCGAUGUUCUGUUCUGGAACGCUGGUAUCCACAAGAGCACGGGCAGCUUCUUGCUCUGGAUCAAAAGCUUGGGUCGCUACACACCUGCAGAGGUCAACGAGAUGGGCACUAUUGCCCCAGCGCUCGGAAUCUUUUAUAAUCUGGUAGCUUGCUUCUUGUCCGACUUGGUGCUGGGGCCUGCGUGGGCUAUUACAUUCUCAUCGCUAUGGAAUGUGACGGGCCUCAUCAUUCUAGUUGUAUGGGAUGCUCCGGAGGGUGCCAAAUGGUUCGCGUUUGCCACCAUGUACUGGUCCAACGCGCUAUCGAGUGUCCUCCACGGCUGGGUCAACACCAUUCUUCGAGACUCUCCCGAGCAACGGUCCUUCACACUCGUCAUGAUCACCAUCAUUGCACAAUCAUCAACAGCAUGGACGCCCUUGUUGACAUUCCCCACGGUCGAAUCCCCGAGAUACCCCAAAGGAUUCUCCUUCUGUCUUGGGUGUGCGAUAUCACUCAUCGUAGCGACGCAUGUCUUGGACGUCUACAUCAAGCGCAAAGAGGCGGCUAAACUUGCGAAUAUCGAAAACGCGAGCGACAAUACUGUUGACCAUUCCCAGGAGACUCCGAAUGUCUCGGGCAAAACUGCAAGCGCUGAAGUCGCCACUGCUGCCAACACCUCAGAGGAGUCUAUUGCUCGGCGUUGA